AUGGCACCGUCGUCAACAGCACCAGUCCUCUCCUGGACCCCCAUCCUCUUUCCGCCAUGGAAUCCUGCGUUGUUACCUGCGGCACUUUAUCCUGCAGCGUUUCGAUCAUUACCGGGAUUCCUGGACAGCAUGAAAAUCCCGUCGUCCCAAUCGCAACGUUCAUUCAACAUAUGUGAUAUAUUAGAGUUAAAUAAUGAUAAGAACAGCAGUAAAGACAGUAAACGCGACACAAGUAGUGCGGAAAAUAACAGUAGCAAGGCAAAUGUUACCCUUACACCGACAAAAUCCUUAUCGGAUGACAACAACACGUCGGACGACAACACAUCAUCCGUCAAUGUGGACGACGAGCUGCCCACAAAUAAUAAUGAUAGCCGUAUUUCUCGCAACAACGAUGCAAAAUGUGACACUAACGCCGAAAAUGAUGAUGCAAAAAGCGACAAGUCAUUUGAGCAUCGGUCAGUUGUGCCGCCGACGCUGCCCGAACAAAAGCACAAAGAUGGCACCGAUACGGAGGACGAAGUUGCUGCGGUCAAUGGAAAUUCUACGACGACGAUGCCACCGCACCCCUAUCUCGGUAGAUAUCACGCUGCUGCCGCACACCAAGCUGCACUCUUUGCUGACUCACUGCAUUCGCAUUAUCCGAUGUUUGCGGCGACACGACCUCCAUGGAUGUACGAUCACGAAUCUAGAAAUGGAAUCCCGUUGCACCAACAAGCCAGUCCAGACAGCACGUCGCCCGUCACAUCCGACUACAACUCACAAAACGCCCGUUCUCCCAGUCUCGUUGAUUCCUCGGACAAGCACGAUAGCGCGAGCAUCACUUCCGACGAUAACGGACAUCAUGUCGACAUCGAAGACUCAGAUGCCGACAUCGAGGACACCGAAGACCUCUCGAUGACCGAAACGGAUCGCAAUUCCGGUGGUCCCGGCAAAAAACGUAAGCGUCGUGUACUUUUCUCCAAAGCCCAAACGUACGAACUCGAAAGACGUUUUCGGCAACAGCGUUACUUGUCGGCACCGGAACGCGAACAUCUCGCCUCGCUAAUUCGUUUGACGCCGACGCAGGUGAAAAUUUGGUUCCAAAAUCAUCGGUACAAGACAAAACGCGCCGCACACGAAAAGGGCGUCGUCGAUCACGGCGGAAAUCACGGCAGCAAUGGAUUGACUUCGCCACGUAGAGUGGCCGUUCCUGUACUCAUUCGCGAUGGAAAGCAGUGUCUUGCGGGCAGCAAACAUCCAUCCGAUAUCCUCAGCUCGAUGCCACCGAAUCAGUUUAGUUUGAACACGAAUUUCCAGCAUGCGCUCAUGAUGAAUCAUGCGAGGUGGUGGCCGUGAAAUCAAAAGAAAAGUUUUAGGUAGUUUUAGUUUUUUCUUUCUGCAUCAAAUCUAAGUGUUUAUAAAAUGUAAAUAAAAAUUUUUCUUGAAUUCUUAAAAAAAAAAGUUUAUGUAAA